AUGAGUUCCCGAUCUUUAAAACUGGUAGAACUUGCCUUGAAUGAUAAAUCAAAAAGGGACUAUGAAUCUCCUUGUACUAGCAAAAUGGUGCAAUCUGAUAUAGUUUUACAUGACAAUACAUCCAUGAUUUUAAAUGAAACGGAUGUAUGCAACUUGGAUUUGACAAGAAGUAAUCAUAAUAUGUUGACAUACAGCAAGAUUUUGCAGACAGAGCAAGUUACGGAAAAGGAAGUCUGUAUGAAUUACAGUAAGACUGACGCAUUUGAUAGUUAUGAUGGAUCAGAAGACGACUCCGUUAAAGAUAAGGACUGGGUUCAUACUGAUAUCUCAGAAAGUAGUAAUGAAGUAUGCAGUAUGCAGAAUUAA